AUUGAGUUACACAGAGAAGGUAUUGUCAAAUGGUCUGUGACACAUCGAGGUCAUCAAAUCUCUUCAACUACACCAUCAACACCAAGUAGUACAACAACACAAAUGAGUAUUCGUCUUCCAUCUGCUCUUGUCAUCAGUGUCUUUCAAGCUCUUCAACAAGCUUCACCACUCAAUCAAUAUCCACCAAUAUUUUGCAUAAAGAGUGUCUCAUUUGGUACUACACUUCAUGUCAUUUACAAUGGUCAACAAAGUCCUGAUCUCGAUUGUCCAUUAGAAGAUAGUCGUCUCAUUUCUUUGAAUAAAGCUGUUCGUGAAGUCAUCUCUUUUCUUCAUAUUAACACUUUAGGAUGA